GGAAUUUCGUCACCUUUAGCCUUUCUAUUUCUAUUUCUGAUUCUGAUGGGGUACGUUGCUGCAUCCAUGCACUGGCAUGUUUUGUUUGGGAAAAUGGUGUCUGUGUCUCGUUAUUUAAAGAAGUAAGAUUUAGUCAUUAAGUAGUUGAACAUGUGUGCUGUUAGUGGAUCCGAGGAGUGGACUGGGGUGCAUUUUAGCAUGUACCUGAAUUCAAACGGAUAAAAAGGGGGAAAGACUUCAAUUAGGUGUAGGCUAGAAGGAAAUAAAUGAACUAAAGUAUGGGCAAACUUGAAAAAAGGACGUGACAAAAGAACGAACUUGUCGGCAAAAAGCCUUCGUCAGCGACCAAACAACAGUACAUAUAAAAACAAAAACAAACAAAUAUAUAUAUAUAUAAACACCUAGCUGCGAUGCAGUAUCCGAGAGGGCAGCAAGAGGAAUGUGGUAGGUAGAGCCUUAUUAGGUAAGACAGUUAAUAUAGGAAAUAGGGAAAAGAAGGGACAAGUGAGUCCACGGCUAUAGGUUGUGACAAGAGGGGGUGGAGAAAAGAUUACCUUCCCUUUGGGUAGUUUUCAGAACAACUAUGAUAAAGGAUGUGUUUCCUUGGCAUGAGCCGCAGAUUUGUCUACGCCACUGUUUGUACCCACUGCCAGUUAAAAGAUUGGACAAGUGAAGGAGAACAUGACAUUCAUAUCAUAUGGUGUCUAGAUCCCCCAUAAGUCUGCAUCAGUUUAUUCUAUAAGUUCACUCUGGCGUGCGUGUUGGUACAAGACACAAUGGCGGUGAUAACCAGGUAACCGGAGCUUUUGUGGUCGCUUCUAUUGAAGUGUUUUGAUUUAGAGAUAGGACACUAUUAACCGUGCGUAUUUAUUCUAAGAUUCCAGUCCCGUCCAGAUACGCCGUCCAGUCCCGUCCAGAUACGCCGUCCAGUCCCGUCCAGAUACGCCGUCCAGUCCCGUCCAGAUACGCCGUCCAGUCCCGUCCAGAUACGCCGUCCAGUCCCGUCCCGAUACGCCGUCCAGUCACGCCGUCCAGUCCCGUCCAGAUACGCCGUCCAGCGCCGUCCAGAUACGCCGUCCAGUCCCGUCCAGAUACGCCGUCCAGUCCCGUCCAGAUACGCCGUCCAGUCCCGUCCAGAUACGCCGUCCAGUCCCGUCCAGAUACGCCAUAUGGCAGUAGGUAUAAACAAUGGCGUAGAUAACAUUAGUUCUAGUGCAAAGGGAAACGUUCCCUAUCUAAAAAUACCCCUAGGGGAGGGAAUUUGUUGAAUCUGUAUGACUCUUUAAAAUUUUUAAAUGGCACUUUGAUUAUGGUAUUGGGGUCACCACUAUGGAGAGGCGCAUGGAACUUGACCUGUUCAUCAUCUUGAUCUUUCUGUCGGGCCCAUCUUAGUUUCGACCCAUAGUGUCACGUUGAAAGGCGUGGAAAAUGUGUGUGUGUGGGGGGGGGGGAAUGAAGGGCACCUAUGGCUCCCGAGCAAGAGUGGGGGGGGCGCGACUACACAGGGCACUCAUUGGGCCCUUUCCCUGAAAUGUUUUGGAUUUUUUAUAAAUUCAAAAAUGAAUGGGUGCAUUUCAUGCAUGGGUGCAUUUUUGCUCAUAAUUGAAUUAAAUUUUGCAGCAUUCUCCAAUUAAUAGGAGAGCAAACGAAUCUAAUUGUCAACUUGACAUUGUUCUAUUUAUAGAUUUAAGAUAGUUUAAGUAUUUACGCAAUAGUAAUUUUGUUUAAUUUUUUUUAAACGAUUUAUUUUGUUAAACUAAUUCAUAAAUAAAGGAAUUUUAAAUAUAUAUAUCCAUACAAAAAAAAAAGCUAGCCGUCACAAAAAGAAACGAGGAAAUUAGCAAAUAUUAUCAACACUUAUUAUAGGAACAUUAGAAAAAGAACUUCCAUCUUUACAUUUAAGCACGACGUAAAUACUUGCGGAAUUCGAAUUUAAAAAAAAAAGAAAACCAAUCCAACAUUUUCACAUUUCUAGCAAAAUGUUUGUUCCUCAAGUUUAGUCUGUUUUUUUCGACGUUAUUUUUUCCAGCAAUUAGGAGGCCAACUUUUCUUUUGUUUUCUGGGCCAAGCCGACCCAACAAUAAUCAUGUAAAUUUGAUUGGAACAGAGCAGUAGGUUGGAACAGAGCAGUAGGUUGGAACAGAGCAGUAGGUUGGAACAGAGCAGUGGGUUGGAACAGAGCAGUAGGUUGGAACGGAGACGAAGUUUGGAACGGAGCAGUAGGUUGGAACAGAGCAGUAGGUUGGAACGGAGACGAAGUUUGGAACGGAGCAGUAGGUUGGAACAGAGCAGUAGGUUGGAACAGAGCAGUAGGUUGGAACAGAGCAGUAGGUUGGAACGGAGACGAAGUUUGGAACGGAGCAGUAGGUGGGAACAGAGCAGCAAGUUGGAACAGAGCAGUAGGUUGGAACGGAGACGAAGUUUGGAACGGAGCAGUAGGUUGGAACAGAGCAGUAGGUUGAAACGGAGCAGUAGGUUGGAUAGCCAUCAACAGAGAGAAAAACUGUUUCGCUGUUUCCUGCGUAGAGCUGAUGACAGGUGUCUUGAAGACUCGCCUUGUUUAAAGAACUGAUCGCUUGCCAUGCACCUGACGUCCAGACUGUUGGUAGCCAUCUUAGUUUGUUGGAUGGACUUCCUAGACUCGGCCGUACAUCCAUGUCUGCUGAAAAUAUUUGAGGAUGGAAAGGAGGUGGGUAGUGUCGCUUCGAAGGUCAGAAAUGGCUGCUAGUAUUUGUGGUUAUGCCAGUGGCGAACUAAAGGGGUGUUAUAUAAUAUUACAUACAUUCUGUAUCUUAGUCUGUUAAAGGGCAUACUCGACGGAGUUCACCCCCCCCCCUAGCGGCUUUUAGUUCACUUUACUCAGUAGGUUGUUCAUUUUUGUGGAAAUAAUAUAUUUUGUUAAUAUUCAGGAAAAUAAUGACCUAAGCUACAUUAGAGCCUUUCGGGCCCGGCAUAUUUUUCACGCCCUUUUUCACGAAACGACCCCCCACCCCUUUUGAGCAAUUGCCCCAAAAUACCACCCCUUCACAUAAAGGGAAAAUAAAGUUCAGUCCAGGGAAGACCCCGGCACCCCUUACCCACGCAAUUUCAUUCCCGGUGUCAUCAUACUACUUUGAUCCAUUUGGCUAAAUUUUUUAGACACAGUAACGGUUGAUUUAUAUUUGAUUUAUAUAUAACGGUAUUUUUAUGAUGCUUAUUUUGAUAUCAAUCUCCAGAUCAACAACUUUGAGCUAUGUGAGAUGGAAUAUACUACUAAAGGUAACCAACAUCAUAUCAAGGGAGACUAAAAAUGACGUAGUUUUUGGUUCUGGUCACCCGGGGCGGCCAGGAUUUUAGCCGCCCCCACUAACUAACACACUUAUUCUGGUGAGAGUCUGAUAUUACUCUCCAAUGACCAUAUCUCCCAGUACAUUGGCUACCAGCUCCAUCUGCUGAGCUGAGCCAUGCAACAUUUUCCUCACAAAGGGAUCUCCCCCCGCCCUGGCUUCCCCAUCGGAACAUCUAAUGGGGCACGAUCGGUCAACAGGUGCGCUAGCGUUUCUGGGACCAGGCUGCAAUGCCGGCAGGUAGGGUCCCUGUUGCUAUCGAGCCUCCAAAAGUAUGUGCCGAUAGGUCAGUGCUCUGUGCGCAUCUGCGUCACUAGUCUCUGCUGUCUAUGGCCUAACCUCCACCAUGGGUCUUGUCUGCUAAGAGUGGGCAAGUUGUGAAUAACUCAUAAAGCUGGCCGAGAAUACCAGCCCUCGAUAUGCACGGACAAAGGUGUCACAAAGGGUGGGACGACCCCCCCCCCCUUUGCUUCCUACGCCAAUGGAGAUUAAUAAGGUUUCCGUAUGAAGGCCAAAUUCACGAAAUAAAUCAAGUCCAAACACGCUAAACCUCCAUAGCUUAUUAAUAAUGUAGCGACAUUGUAGUGUAUUGUUUUGUGAGGUCGCCUACAUUACUAUAUCAGGCCCAAAGCCAUGCGAAAGGGGAUCGGUGGAGGGGAUCACCACCCCCCAGCGACAACAUUUUUCGAUCUACAGCAGGGGAGAUAAAGUCAAUUAAUAAAAUUAAAAGACAGGCUCACAAUAUGAAUGGAAUAGUAGAACAAGGUAUGUGGAAGCUGAAAUCAAAAAGACAGCACAAUAAAAUGAGCACGUUUCGGCUUAAAGGAUUCUCCCAUGAAUUAUUAUUUAAUAAUAUUUCAAUUUAGAACUCUUUAAAAAAAUGUGGCUUAAUUCUUACCAAUAAAUUAUUAAAAUUAAUUUUUAAAGACCCAGUUCAAAGAAAUAUUGUUGAGGUGGGAAAAGUAGCGAUGUUAAAAAUGUUUGUUGCUUUUGUUGACAUCCGUGUGAAGGUAUAUCUUUUUUUUUUUUUUUUUUUGACGGGUAGAAUUCAAAAGUUAAGCCUAUCUCCAUUUAUCACAAUACCAGAAUGUACGCCAUUUAUCACGAGCUUCGAGAGAUCUGCAAUACCAGGGAAUUAAAAAUGUUUGUUGCUUUUGUUGACAUCCGUGUGAAGGUAUAUCUUUUUUUUUUUUUUUUUUGACGGGUAGAAUUCAAAAGUUAAGCCUAUCUCCAUUUAUCACAAUACCAGAAUGUACGCCAUUUAUCACGAGCUUCGAGAGAUCUGCAAUACCAGGGAAUUAUCCUAAAGAUGGGUGGCCAGUACAGAGACCAUCUUCCAUCAACCUCAUUGGUCUGAACACUCCGUUCUUUAGUACAGAGGACAACAGGAAUUAUUCAACGCCUGGAGUUACUAUACAGUGGGAGCCACCACUAGCAGGUGGGACUGUGUAGGUGGGACUGUGCAGGUGGGACUGUGCAGGUGGGACUGUGUAAUGAUGCUACUAGCAAGUGGGACUGUGUAAUGAUGUAACUAGAAGGUGGGACUGUGUAAUGAUGUUACUAGCAGGUAGGACUGUGUAAUGAUGAUGUUACUAGCAGGUAGGGCUGUGUAAUGAUGGUGUUACCAGCAGGUAGUACUGUGUAAUGAUGAUGUUACUAACAGGUAGUACUGUGUAAUGAUGUUACUUGCAGAUGGGACUGUGUAAUGAUGUUACUAGCUGUUGGGACUGUGUAAUGAUGUCAAUAGCAGGUGGGACUGUGUAAUGAUGUUACUAGCAGGUGGGAAUAUAAUGAUGUUACCAGCAGGUGGGACUGCCUCUAUAUCCCCAUAUCAUCCAAGAGCUCAAUCAACCGAACCCCCACUUGUUAUAUUGACAGACCCCUGAAUGGCACCACUUAUAAUCACAGACCCCCUAAAUGUCACCAGUUAUUAUCACAGACCCCUGAAUAUCAAGCAUUAUAAUCACAGACCCCUGAAUGCCAUUCGUUAUAAUCACAGAUCUCUGAAUGUCAAUAGUUAUAAUCACAGACCCCUGAAUGUCACCACUUAUAUUCACAGACCCCUAAAUGUCACCAGUUAUAAUCACAAACCUCUGAAUGUCUUCCGUUAUAAUCACAGAUCCCUAAAUGUCCCAAGUUAUAAUCACAGACCUCUGAAUGUCACGAAUUAUUUAUAAUCAUCGACCCUUAAUUUCAACAUCUAUAAUCACGUUUCCUCACGUAAACAUAUCUUAAGAUAUUAUGUGAUACUUCAACACGCCUUUUGUCAAUAAUGAUUAUGUCUUAUACAAUGAGCUAAUAGAACAUGUCUUAUCAAACGGUUUUUUCAUACUACAACAUGCAUUGUAUGAUUUAUUUUGUGAUUGUAUAACAUAGUUUUUAUUUAUGUAAGUUAUUUAAGUGCAACAUGUGCAAGCUGAACAUAUGUUAACCAAUCAUUGAUUAUAGAAAGGAAAUGGCAGAAGGGGCUCACCUAAUUUUUUCUGUGUUAAUCCCUUGUUAGAUCAUUCUCACUUGGUUGUUUUCUGUGCUAAUCCCGUGUUGGAUCAUGCUCACCUGGUUGUUUUCUCUGCUAAUCCCUUGUUAGAUCAUUCUCACCUGGUUGUUUUCUGUGCUAAUCACUUGUUAGAUCAUGCUCACCUGGUUGUUUUCUGUGCUAAUCCCGUGUUGGAUCAUGCUCACCUGGUUGUUUUCUGUGCUAAUCCCUUGUUAGAUCAUUCUCACCUGGUUGUUUUCUGUGCUAAUCCAUUGUUAGAUCAUUCUCACCUGGUUGUUUUCUCUGCUAAUCCCUUGUUAGAUCAUUCUCACCUGGUUGUUUUCUCUGCUAAUCCCUUGGUAGAUGCGGCCAAUAGAGAUCUCGACGGGUUUCUGUUUACCUGGAAAGGUGCCAAUAAGACCGGAUGCAGACUAUUUAAGACGACCCUGUUUCCCUCCAAAUUUUUGUCCAACGUAAGACGUAUAGCAAACCAAUGUCUUAGUUAAUCGAUGUCUUGGUUAAUCAAUGUCUUAGCUUAUUUAUGUCUUAGUUAAUCAAUAUAUUAGCUAAUCAAUAUAUUUUUUAAUUAAUGUCUUAGUUAAUCAAUGUAUUAGCUAAUUAAUGUCUUGGCUAGUGUCCAAAGUUAGAACUCUCAUAUAAAUAUAUCUUGUCUUACUAGUCAAAAACGGGACAACACAGUGGGUCAGUUGUCUUACUAGUCAAAAACAUGAUUACAUAGUAGGUCAGUUGCCUUACUAGUCAACAACGAGACUACACAGUGGGUCAGUUGUCUUACAAGUCAAUAACAUGGGUGUCUUUAUUUCUAAUGUGGGUUCCGUGCUCAUUUUCUCCAGCUGACCUUAAGUUAUGAUAUCGCCCGCCUGCUUGACCAGAGCCAUUACGUAGUGUCUGUGUACAGCAUGCCUCCACCCCGGCCUGAUGAGAAGGACAAAGACAGAUACGUACAAUCUAUGAGAUUGACAACAUUUGGAUCUUUCGGUCAGUGCCUCAGAUCCAAUAAAAGAAUAAAUUAUAUUUAAUAUUUAUUUAUUUAUUUAUUUAUUUAGGCAUUUUUAUAUAGCGCUUAUCAUAAAGCUCUAAGCGCUUUACAAUUAUUAAAACAUGUAAACUAAGUAAAUACAAAUGAGACACUAGGAUAGUAACUACUAUUCUAUAGAAACAAUGAAAAUGGCUAUAAAAAGAGGACACUUUGACACUUCAGGAUUAAACCGAAACAGAAAAUUAGGUAGGGCAAGGAGGGUGCAUCACAGGUCAUAGGCGGACCUAAACAGAUGAGUUUUAAGGGACUUUUUGAAAAUGGACGAGGUUUCACUAUGACGUAUAUGGAAGGGGAGCUGGUUCCAGAACGUGGGCCCAUGGAAGCAGAAGGAGCGUUCACCGAUGGUCUUAGUUUUAGUUCUUGGGAUUGAGAGGGUUCUACUGUCAAUGGAAGAACGUAGUUGUCUUGUGGGGAUGUAAGGAAGCAACAGUUCAGAGAGAUAGACAGGAAAGUGAGGGUCAGUGAACGAGUUGAAGCAAAGAUUGGCAGACUUGUAUUUGAUGCGAGAGGAUAUUGGAAGCCAGUGGAGUUGCCGCAUGUGUGGUUGAAUGUGGUCAUGUUUCUUUAAUUUAAAAAUGAGUCUGCAUGCUGAGUUCUGUGCCUUCUGAAGUUUUUCUAUGUGGUGUUGAGGAAUGCCUGAGAGAAGAAUGUUACAGUAGUCAAAUUUUGAAAGAAUGAGUGAAGAGACGAGAGUUUUUGUGGCAUCAAAGGAGAGGAGGUGUCUAAUGGUGCUGAUUUUUCUAAUUUCAUUAUAUGCUGAUCUGCAUAUAUUCGUGACAUGUUUCUCCAUGGAGAGGGUGUCCGUAAGCGUGACUCCAAGGUUUCUGGCAGAGGGAGAGAGUGUAAUGUCAGAGUUGCCAAUAGAUAUAGAAGAAGGAGCGAAUGGAGGGAGAGGUUUGUUUUGAGAGUGGAUGAGAAGGAUUUCCGUUUUAUCAUCAUUUAGCUUCAGUUUGUUGCAAGUCAUCCAACGCUUUACAUCGUCCACGCACUCCUGUAUGCGAAGGAUUGUGGCAUCAAGUUGAUCAGGAAAGCAAGAGUCACUGAUUUGAGUGUCAUCAGCAAAGGAUUGAAUGGAAACUGAGUGGUGGCUAAUGAGAGAUGAUAGAGGUUUAGUGUAGAGGAUGAAAAGGACCUCCAAGUCUAGACAACAUUUAAUUGCAUACUCUUUUUAGAUUUUGUUUUUUAAAAUAAUUAUGUUUAAAAAAAUAUAUUUUAUUAGGGCAAUAAAUUAUUAACUAUUUAAAAUUUCACACUAUAUUAGACAUUUUUCAAACUCAUCCAAGCAAUGAGGAUACAUGAAUUUUUAAAAGACUAUCGGGGAUUAGAUUUGAAAAACCAAAUCUCUUUAUUGUAGCCUGCCCUAUUUGAGCAAUGCUUGAUCCCUGCAGGUGCAAGACCUGUCCCUUGCCUAUCUACGCUAUUUCCUCGAACACAUAUUUUUAUCCCGAAAACUUUUCUUUGAUUUUUUAACUGAUACAUGUUUUAAAAAUACUACAAAAUAACAAAGUACAAUACAGAUUUCGUUGGUUGUGACUCUGUUACUUAAAUUUUUCUAAAUGUAUGAUUUAGAAAACUAUUAACUUGCAGGAAUGUCCGACAGUAAUGUGGACUCAGAGUGAAGAAAUCAAACAGUGAUACUUCAUUUGUCAUUUGGUCUCUGUCCCCAGUUGUAGGAACGGAUCCUGCUUUGUGGGCCCCGUCUGUGUCGGUGAAGACCUGGAACAAUGGAACCAUAGAUAUAAAGUUUACACUCCCACCUCCUGAGUUCAACCUUACAAUGUUUGAGAUUAUGAUGUUCAAGAAGUCAGAAGGCUGGUCAAAAGCGUAUAAAACUGUAGAAUACAAUGGCAAAGUUAGUUGUAAACACUUGAGUUAACAAUGGCAAAGUUAGUUGCAGACACUUGUGUUAAACUCUGGCAACAGAGAUAUAAAAAAAAUGUGUGUCAAAAUACUAGCAAAGUUAGUUGUAAACACAUGUUACAUGUACAGACAUUAUUUUAAGUCUGCCAAUAUUGCAGACGCACUGGUCGGAAAACGUUCUUCUGCAAUUGUAUCCCGUUAACUGGUAGCCGACUCUAGCAAGACUAGUUUCCCAUGAAUUUUCAAAAUGCAUAUGUGAUCAGCUAUUGUUUUGUUUCUUAGACUAUGCAUAAGGGAAUGUUUGUGUCAGCAGUUGUUGUUUUGUUUGUUAGACUAUGCAUAAGGGAAUGUUUGUGUCAGCAGUUGUUGUUUUGUUUGUUAAGACUAUGCAUAAGGGAAUGUUUGUGUCAGCAGUUGUUGUUUUGUUUGUUAGACUAUGCAUAAGGGAAUGUUUGUGUCAGCAGUUGUUGUUUUGUUUGUUAGACUAUGCAUAAGGGAAUGUUUGUGUCAGCAGUUGUUGUUUUGUUUGUUAAGACUAUGCAUAAGGGAAUGUUUGUGUCAGCAGUUGUUGUUUUGUUUGUUAGACUAUGCAUAAGGGCAUGUUUGUAUCAGCAGUUGUUUUGUUUUUUAGACUAUUCAUAAGGGAAUGUUUGUGUCAGCAGUUGUUUUGUUUGUUAGACUAUGCAUAAGGGAAUGUUUGUGUCAGCUGUUGUUGUCUUGUUUGUUAGACUAUUCAUAAGGGAAUGUUUGUAUCAGCAGUUGUUGUUUUGUUUGUUAGACUAUUCAUAAGGGAAUGUUUGUAUCAGCAGUUGUUUUGUUUGUUAGACUAUGCAUAAGGGAAUGUUUGUGUCAGCUGUUGUUGUCUUGUUUGUUAGACUAUUCAUAAGGGAAUGUUUGUAUCAGCAGUUGUUUUGUUUGUUAGACUAUUCAUAAGGGAAUGUUUGUGUCAGCUGCUGUUGUCUUGUUUGUUAGACUAUGCAUAAGGGAAUGUUUGUAUCAGCAGUUGUUGUUUUGUUUGUUAGACUAUGCAUAAGGGAAUGUUUGUGUCAGCAGUUGUUGUUUUGUUUGUUAGACUAUUCAUAAGGGAAUGUUUGUGUCAGCUGUUGUUGUCUUGUUUGUUAGACUAUGCAUAAGGGAAUGUUUGUAUCAGCAGUUGUUUUGUUUGUUAGACUAUUCAUAAGGGAAUGUUUGUAUCAGCAGUUGUUUUGUUUGUUAGACUAUUCAUAAGGGAAUGUUUGUGUCAGCUGUUGUUGUCUUGUUUGUUAGACUAUGCAUAAGGGAAUGUUUGUAUCAGCAGUUGUUUUGUUUGUUAGACUAUGCAUAAGGGAAUGUUUGUGUCAGCUGUUGUUGUCUUGUUUGUUAGACUAUUCAUAAGGGAAUGUUUGUAUCAGCAGUUGUUUUGUUUGUUAGACUAUUCAUAAGGGAAUGUUUGUGUCAGCUGUUGUUGUCUUGUUUGUUAGACUAUGCAUAAGGGAAUGUUUGUAUCAGCAGUUGUUGUUUUGUUUGUUAGACUAUUCAUAAGGGAAUGUUUGUAUCAGAUGUUGUUGUCUUGUUUGUUAGACUAUUCAUAAGGGAAUGUUUGUGUCAGCUGUUGUUGUCUUGUUUGUUAGACUAUGCAUAAGGGAAUGUUUGUAUCAGCAGUUGUUGUUUUGUUUGUUAGACUAUGCAUAAGGGAAUGUUUGUAUCAGCUGUUGUUGUCUUGUUUGUUAGACUAUUCAUAAGGGAAUGUUUGUGUCAGCUGUUGUUGUCUUGUUUGUUAGACUAUGCAUAAGGGAAUGUUUGUAUCAGCAGUUGUUGUUUUGUUUGUUAGGCUAUUCAUAAGGGAAUGUUUGUAUCAGCUGUUGUUGUCUUGUUUGUUAGACUAUUCAUAAGGGAAUGUUUGUAUCAGCAGUUGUUGUUUUGUUUGUUAGACUAUUCAUAAGGGAAUGUUUGUAUCAACUGUUGUUGUUUUGUUUGUUAGACUAUUCAUAAGGGAAUGUUUGUAUCAGCUGUUGUUGUCUUGUUUGUUAGACUAUUCAUAAGGGAAUGUUUGUGUCAGCUGUUGUUGUCUUGUUUGUUAGACUAUUCAUAAGGGAAUGUUUGUGUCAUGCCGACAUUCUCCUAGCUGACGUUCAUUUUCUUCUUCACUCUUUGCAGGUCUUCUCGCUGGCUGCACCAGAAGGUUCUUUAAAGUUCACCAACCUACCCUCAGAUUGUUAUCAAAUUGUGGUGUGUGGGGUAUUCCUACUGUCAACUCUUGUUUAGAUUGGUCAUGGCUUACACACAUAAUGCAUUGUAUAAGAUAACCAUUUAUAUUAUUUUUACCAGUAAAGUACUGGUUUCGUUGGACAUUGGUCCUGGUUAGUCGUGAGUCGUAACAAUUAUAAAAGUAUAAAAUAAAUAAAUGAAUAAUUUAUCAAAAUAUCGAUAAAGUCUGAAAUGGAUGCAUAAAUAAAUAACACAAUAAAAAUUAAUUAAUUAUUCCAAACUGGCAUCACGGUGUUUUUGUCGAGGGAAGCCUCGAAGACAGAAGAAUUUUCCCAGCAAUCUUUUAGAACUGUUUAUUUUCGGACACUCAUGACGUCAAAACGCCGUUCAUCGCUGGUUUUAAAAAGCUUCUUUCCCGUGGGCAGUGGUCAGUGAAUUUUUUAUUGAAGGUCUGACCACUUGUAGUCAUUGCUGUUAGCAUUAGGUUUCACAUAUUCCACGGCAGAUCAUCGUGACUGGCCUAAUCGGCCCUGUUACCGCCCGUGACUGGCUACUCGGCCCUGUUACCGCUUUAUCAGCUUAAUUUUUUUUUUUUUUUUAAAAAGUAUAUUAAAUUUGGUUUGUCCAUGACUAGUUUUGCUACACACUGCCUCUCUACAUACACUUCCUGUAUUCUUUCUGUGUAUAUGCAACUGCAUUCUACUAUGUUUACAAAUUCCCCAAACAUCGUAGCGAAGCACGGGUGUUCAGCUAGUUUAUAUAAUAUAAACAUGUCAGUUUUUCUCCAUAAAGUUAAAGUUCUAUCAGUUUCUUCAUAUUCUUCAGGUGAGUCCAAUAGAUUCGUACCGCCACGAGAAACAUUGCCUUUGUUGGAAACAUGAUCAAGCCAACACGAGAUUCUGCGAGGCUUCAUGUGCUAGGACCCGUACUGAAAUAUUUUACUUGAAUGUCACCAAGUCACACAAAGGUGUUGAGAUUCUUUCUCAGGGUGAAGGAAGAUUUUAAUUGUCAUGUAAUAAGAAGAUGUCACCCCGUCAAAUGAUUUUCCUUUAAAAAAAAAAUAUGCUCAUAGUGAUCACGUGACCCUUUAAAUGUGUUGAUGUUUUAAAGAAAAUUCAUUUAUGAUUGGAGAAAUUCACGAACAGAUGAAAUAAAUAUUCGAUCUCUUUAAAAUGUGUGCCCAAACUCUUCAAACUAAAGUUAGUAUGAUAUGACAUUGAAUGAUAUGACAUUGAAUGGUUUAAUUCUAAUGUUUCAGCUGGCCCAGAUUACGAAGAAAAUAGCUACUAUGAGAUGAUGCCAGGCUAUGAUGACGAUAUAGAGGUCACAAGCAUGACGUCCACCACCUACGAGCUGGCCGAGCUUUUGCCGUCUACCAUUCAACGUACAGACAGCGCCCUGAUAGGCGGGCUUGUUGGUGGCUUUGCAUCUGCCUGCUUGUUUUCAUUACUGAUCAUCGUCUGCCUCGCUAUGAAGAAGCCAGAAUCACGUUAGUACAGCAUUUAACACACUCCAGAAUCACGUUAGUACAGCAUUUAACACACUCCAGAAUCACGUUAGUACAGCAUUUAACACACUCCAGAAUCACAUUAGUACAGCAUUUAACGCUCUCCAGAAUCACGUUAGUACAGCAUUUAACGCACUCCAGAAUCACGUUAGUACAGCAUUUAACACACUCCAGAAUCACGUUAGUACAGCAUUUAACACACUCCAGAAUCACGUUAGUACAGCAUUUAACACACUCCAGAAUCACAUUAGUACAGCAUUUAACGCUCUCCAGAAUCACGUUAGUACAGCAUUUAACGCACUCCAGAAUCACGUUAGUACAGCAUUUAACACACUCCAGAAUCACGUUAGUACAGCAUUUAACGCACUCCAGAAUCACGUUAGUACAGCAUUUAACACACUCCAGAAUCACGUUAGUACAGCAUUUAACGCACUACAGAAUCACGUUAGUACAGCAUUUAACGCACUACAGAAUCACGUUAGUACAGCAUUUAACACACUCCAGAAUCACGUUAGUACAGCAUUUAACGCACUCCAGAAUCACGUUAGUACAGCAUUUAACGCACUACAGAAUCACGUUAGUACAGCAUUUAACGCACUACAGAAUCACGUUAGUACAGCAUUUAACACACUCCAGAAUCACGUUAGUACAGCAUUUAACACACUCCAGAAUCACGUUAGUACAGCAUUUAACACACUCCAGAAUCACGUUAGUACAGCAUUUAACGCACUCCAGAAUCACGUUAGUACAGCAUUUAACACACUCCAGAAUCACGUUAGUACAGCAUUUAACGCACUCCAGAAUCACGUUAGUUAAACACUUAACACACACACAAACAACAACAGCAACAUUUUCCUUGUUGCAAUUUUAGCUCCACUUGUCUUCCUAGUCCUAGCUGAUUACACAUUAACUUAGGCCAACCAUGAUUGCACCUUGACCUAAACCUACCAUGAUUGCACAUUUACGUAUGCAUUAUGCCAUGAUUACACAUUAACAGGCCUACGAGGACAAUAUCAAUCAUAGGCGCCCACAGGAAUUUUCUCAGGAGUGGGGGGGGGGGGGUCAACAAACUUUGAUAAUUCUUUUACAUAACAUACACAUAUAAUUGAAGGCUAAAGUGCGAAGGCCUGUGUAUUAGUAUUAAUAAUACUUUUUACAGGCACAAAACAGUCAUUUUGAACCAAAAAAAUAUUCAUUUCUUAACAUAAAUUAUCAAGUUUAUAAUAUAAAGUGCGACUAAUAGACUCGCACAUUUCUUGAUAAUCCCUUUUCAAAUAUUUCAAAUAAUUUCUGCAUAAACCCUGCCUUAUUUCCGUUCACACUUAAACGAUGUACACUAAGCCAACACAAUCCUGAAAAACGUUCGACAGUCAUUGUCGAAAGAAGCCAAAUGUUGACUCGUCUGAGGGUACGAAAGGAACGCUCCACGGUGCAGGUUGACGUUGAUCAAGUCAAUGCAAUAACAAUAGUUUGGCGGAUAGAUGGGGAUACAGUCUGUACCUGUCAGCGAAUCGAUAAGCUGCAGGUUAUUUUUAAUAUCUCGUGAAUGUUGCUGCACGCUCCAAAAAUCAAACCAGUUCAUUGCUUCAAUCUCAAAGUUUUCAACUGAGGACAAACUAGCAUUAAUGCCAACGCUCUUCCUAAAUUCAAGACCAUUAAGACGUGUCAUGAUAGCAGGCUGAAAUGUAAAUAGUUGGAACUGGGGACUUUUGUUUCCAGAGAUACGGUUGGUCAGAGAGGAUAUUGUAGAAUCCAAGUGAGGAAUAACUAUUGUGUGUCUAAAGUAGUCUUCUUCAGAGUCGGGAUCUUCACUCUUGUCAUUUGAAUUUCUAGGAUUGCUGCGAUAUACUUUUCAUCGACAGAUACGAGGGCUCUUCAUCUCAAUGUUAACUAAAGCUGCAAGAGCCAAGUCCACAGAUACGACGGCUCUUCAUCUCAAUAUUCACUAAAGCUGCAAGAGCCAAGUCCAAAGAUACGAGGGCUCUUCAUCUCAAUGUUAACUAAAGCUGCAAGAGCCACGUCCACAGAUACGAGGGCUCUUCAUCUCAAUGUUCACUAAAGCUGCAAGAGCCAAUUCCACAGAUACGAGGGGUCUUCAUCUCAAUUUUAACUAAAGCUGCAAGAGCCACGUCCACAGAUACGAGGGGUCUUCAUCUCAAUAUUCACUAAAGCUGCAAGAGCCAAGUCCACAGAUACGAGGGCUCUUCAUCUCAAUGUUCACUAAAGCUGCAAGAGCCACGUCCACAGAUACGACGGUUCUUCAUCUCAAUGUUCACUAAAGCUGCAAGAGCCAAGACUUAUUUCAUCAUUUUUUGUCAAACUGAGUUUCAACACCCUGACGUUGUUCACGGAAAAUGCCCGGUAAUUUACAAAUAUCUUUAUGUACACAUAUCGAAUCCAGCUGUAUCGCUUGUAAUGAUCGAGUUGCUGGUUCCAGUCUCCCUAAGUAUGGAAAUAUAAUCCAAAGACAUACGAGAAACGUAGGUGAAGAACAUGAACUCAAUAGCUGGUGAUCAUCUGUACCAAUGCCAUUUGUUGCCAGAUUGUGCAAUUGAUUGCAUGUCACCAAGAAAUUCUCACUGAAAUGCAAUUGCUUUUAUAUUUUGUAGACCAUCGAUUUUCACGGUACAAUGGAACGUUAGGUAUUAACGACCUUCGCUUUAUGCUUUCUAGAAAAUACUUAAUGACAGCUUUGAUUGCACCAAUGGCGUUACGCACUUAAAUGAAUUCAAAGCAUUAACCUGCUGUUUCAUCGGCUGACCUUGAGAUUCCUAUAAGAAAUAUUUACUAAUGUAAUAAAUUGAUUCUUGAUUACUUCAACACAUACCUCUAUCAGCUGAUUUUGGAUCCUGUGAGAAUUAUAACGAGCAUUACCAAAGUACGUAUGUAAAUGUGUCUCCAGGUCUUUGUCGCCAGAGUCCACUCUAAACUGAAACAGGUCAUGAUUAUUUCCACUGUCACUAUUUUUGACCAGAAGUCUGACUAUUUUUGACCAGAAGUCUGACUAUUUUUGACCAGAAGUCUCAUGUCGUGUGUGCCGCAGAAAAUGAUUGUGGAUUAUAUCGGCAAAAGUUUAUUUUGAUUUUCUAAAUUCUUAUUAGAAAUAGCCUCGUCUGUCUGACUUCCUGGGUUCCUAAUAAUUCUCAAGAAUGCUGAUACAUCCUGCUGAGCACCUUUGUGCAUCUCAUUUUCCACAUGAUUUCGAGCACCUUGAGGAAAGUCAUUGUAAUUAGUGAAAGGUGUUGCUGCAAAUGUGCCCUGGUACCCGCGAUGAAUACGGGAUAACAAUACAAUAUAUAUAAAUGCUGGACCUCUAAGAUGACUAAAUUAGGCAAGGCACGGAGAAAAAUUAUCAAGCCACGCAUACCGAAAACAACGUUUGCCAGGUCUACCCUCAUUAAAAUUAUAACUAGCUAUUGGUCGUAUGGGUUUUGUCGGUAAACGAUAUUUCAAAACAUCUGACAGUUUAGAUGGUGACUGAAAAUAUCGACCCAACUCAAGAUCAUUGAUUGCCAUAUCACAGCCAAAAUUAUUAUGUGUUGAUAUUUCAGUGUCAAAUCUGAGUGACGCCGAUAGCGAUGAAUCGCAGCUCUGAGAACCACUGGCAGCAGCUCCAAACUCCUGUGAGUGUGAAAUGGUCAGGACACUCAUUUUAGUUUGUUCUUUAACCUGUUGGAGAUCUCUUGUCAGUGUCGUUGAUGUGGACACAGUUGUUGGGUUACAACAUGUCUUACACUCAUCAUCAUCAAAUGACUUUUUCUGUAAUUCAGCCCACAAGGCACUUAACGUUUGAUCCUGCUGAAGUGCACGUCUGCUCCUGUUAUCCAUAUUAAUUGUACUGGGAUUCACAAAUCUGUGUCUAUACCUAGGUUUAUCUUUGACUACGAUUAGUACCAAAGUAGUACUAGUGCGCCUAUCACUUCAGAAUAGCUGUCCACGAAUCUCUAACUCUACUACCAAGUACUACUCGUGUCUCGAAAAACUGUUUACUUAUAUUUCCCAUCGUGUGAGCAUAAAGUCUACUAGAUACGCGUCAGACGGUAAUUGAAUUGCUACAUCAUUAAAGACAACAUCCUCCCUACCAGAUCCUGUACCCCCGCCCCCCUCGAACCCUAUACCAUGUCUCUACCCACUUACUAGCAUCUAUCACGUAGAGGUGUUCGAACCCUAUACCAUGUCUCUACCCACUUACUAGCAUCUAUCACGUAGAGGUGUUCGAACCCUAUACCAUGCCUCUACCCACUUACUAGCAUCUAUCACGUAGAGGUGUUCGAACCCUAUACCAUGCCUCUACCCACUUACUAGCAUCUAUCACGUAGAGUUUUUUUUUCUGUCACUGAUAAUUAAUCGAGCGGUUCCCAUGGUCUUCGGAAUAUUCCACUUUUACCAGCUAACGAAAAAACUUAUUCAUCGAAUUAAUUCGUGCUACCCGUUCCCACACUGUCCACAUGGUAUCUCCCUGCGUACCAAGCUAUCAUGUCAUCCCUGUGCUACCAUAAACUCUGCCGAUAUCAGGUUAACUACUCCCUCAUAUACUAUACCUUUGUCCGGUACUUACGCCCAACAUUUCCGUUCUCAGCCCUUCUCCUUUGUGACAUAUCAAAAGAAAUACUAUUUAUUUUUAUAUAAACUAUUUUUAUAUUCAUUUGGGCAAAGUGCAACUAUUAAUAUAUUUUAGUAUUAAUUUAUUUUUCCAGUGGGGGGUAUGUGACUCACCUUGACUCCUACUGCGGGCGUCGAUUGUAACAAUAGAUGAUGAGAUCAACAACCGAAUUUCCAAAGACAAUUUUGAAUGUGGAAGGGCCUUAGUUUGGGGGAGAAGGGGCCUUAGUCUUGUCACUAAAUUGAACGCAUAUAGGGAAAUAGUAUAACUUCUCUCCUAUUUGCUAGCGAGACGCGGACAAUGCGCAGAAGACAUGUUGGACAGCUGAGCCAUUUCCAACUACGCUUUCUACGUAAACUUUUUAGUAUGUUGUGGCAAGUCAAAGUCUUUGAUACAUAGGUACUAGAACGGGCUGACCGUAACAGCAUUCACGUGCUCCUACAAAAAGGACAAGCCAGAUGAGCAGGGGGUGUUGCAGUUGGCACAAGACCCCCCCCCCAAAAAAAAAAAAAAAAAAAAAAAAAAAACCAACAACAACAAAACAACAACUAAUGUUAGGUCAACUCUCCAGAGGAAAAACUCUCACCUAGUGGGUACCAAAAACAACCAAACAACGCUUCUAAGACAGUCUAAAAGCUACACUCAAAUUCAUGAACAAUGACCUUGAUUCGUGGGAAACACUUGCCAUGGAUCGUGCAAGCUGGCAUGGCAGACUCACUGUUAGAGCACAAUCCUCAGAGAAUAAGCGCACCACUCACGCCCAAAUCCAACUAGUACCCAAAACAACACGUGUCCCACAUGCGGGAAAGCUUUCAAGGCACAAAUAGGAUUGGCGGGCCACCUGAAAACUCACCGUGGAGUAAAUCCUUGGUCAUCUUCACAUGCGAAGAACGAACAACAACUUCAUGAAUACACAUUAACUUAAGCCUACCAUUAAUACACAUUAACUUAAGCCUACCAUUAUUACACAUUAACUUAAGCCUGCCAUUAAUACACAUUAACUUAAGCCUACCAUUAAUACACAUUAACUUAAGCCUACCAUUAAUACACAUUAACUUAAGCCUACCAUUAUUGCACAUUAACUUAAGCCUACCAUUAUUACACAUUAACUUAAGCCUACCAUUAUUACACAUUAACUUAAGCCUACCAUUAUUACACAUUAACAUAGCUCAGUGGAACUUGAAUAUCUUUGAAUAAAACAUUAUUUGAUGAAUGAUAUGGUGUACAUAUGACCUUAUUCCAUUUUAAUCAUUGAACCCAACAGUUCAACAUUCUAAUUCAACACAACAGUUAAAUCAUUCAAUCCAACAUUUAAAUAUUCAACCCCCACAGUUAAAACAUUCAACCCCCACAGUUAAAACAUUCAACCCCCACAGUUAAAACAUUCAACCCCCACAGUUAAAACAUUCAACACCCACAGUUAAAACAUUCAACCCCCACAGUUAAAACAUUCAACCCCCACAGUUAAAACAUUCAACACCCACAGUUAAAACAUUCAACCCCCACAGUUAAAACAUUCAACCCAAAGUUUAAACAUUAUCAAAUCCAAAAUUUGUUCAUGUUUUUAUUUUAUUCCUAAGGUCACAAGUUAAACAGUGGAAGCUAUUAAUUUAACGAAUUUGGGGAAAAUGGUGAACGACAUCAUCUUGCGGAAGUAAACAUCCCAGAAUUCAUCAAUUACAAAAAAAUAGGCCUAGAAGGUAACAUCUCAGAAUUUAUGAAACACAAUAAUAGGCAUGGAAGGAAACAUCUCAGAAUUCAUGAAAGACAUUAAUAGGCCUGGAAGGAAACAUCUCAGAAUUCAUGAAUCACAAUAAUAUGCAUGGAAGGAAACAUCUCAGAAUUCAUGAAAGACAUUAUUAGGCCUGGAAGGAAACAUCUCAGAAUUCAUGAAAUAUAAUCAUAGGUCUGCUAGAGAACAUCCAAUCAAACUAUGGAACUACAUUAUAGCAUCCCAAGUUAUAAAUAGAUUCACAAAACAUUUAGAAAUAAUAGGUUGACAUACAUGGUAAAUAAAUUGGAUUUUUUUUAUAAAUAUUUAUGAGAUAAACAUCUCAGCUCUAUAUCAUGUGAACGGAGUGGAGCAAGGAGUGGAGCCGUGUGAUUGUGUAACAAAUGGGUUUGGGGAUACACUUGGAAUAUUCUAAAAAGUAUCAUGAAAAUAUGGUGGAUUAACAAGUUUUAAUGCUCCUUUGUUUGACGUUGUCAAUGUUGACGUUGUCAAUGUUGUGUACAAGGCUGACAAUUUUUGUAGAGCUUUGUCAGGAGAAUAUAAUACAGAGAGGUCUGCAGCGAUUGUAAACGAAACAAUGACCCAAUUCGAAACGUGUUUUUUUUGUUUUAUUGUGUGGCCAUUUUAAAUAAUUUGUUUUAACCAGAACUUUUUUUUUCUUUUUCUUUCAAGUGGAUGCACCAUUGUAAUGAACUAAUCUGGAAUUUCAUUAAAAUGAAUGUUUAUCAUGUUACCAGUGGGGGGGGGGUGUGUGUGAGAAAUACCACAAACAGAAUUCAGGUAUUUAUAACAUGUUUCUUGAAACAAACUUAAUUUCAAUUUCCUGUAAUUAUAAAAAUGAACAAAGUAA